GAUGGGAAUUUUGGCAAUCGAUCGGGAGAUGUCAAACCCAGAAAAAUGCUUGAUAGUAAUAUUUAAAUAAUGUGGUGGUUAUUGAUUGUGAUCGCGUGACGUCACUGAGAUCCUCUCAUGUCUCUGCAUUUCAGUGCCAAUCAGUACGAACAAGCGUACAAGCCGAGGGUGCUGCGCAACUGGGAAGUGCCGAAGGUCUACGAUGACAAGCCGAAGAGGAGGGCAGGACGGACCGAGAUAAUUUCCAACGAUAGGGGGCACUUGUUGCCGGGGGUUCCCAAAUCGAAGGCCAGUCCAUGGGGGAAUUUCAAGGGGGCGUGGCAUUUGCCAAAGAAAAUAGACAGGAAAACAGCGGACGAAUUGAGUGGUCUUCCCAAAAAAAUUUCGUGUGAAGAGAAACGCCGAUUGAAAGAGGAACAAGAAAAGUCGGCCAAAUUGGAAGAGAUUAAAGAGGAGCCUGAACAAACUAAAGAGGAGGUGGCACCUCCUCCAGACCAAGCACCACCACAGGUCGAAAAAGCACCAAGCGAAAAAGCGGAAGCCGCUCCUGAGAUAGAAGAGGCACCCCUUUGCCCCAUUCACGAUUUUCCACUCUCCCCUGUAACCACCUAAUAAACACUCUCUAACUUGUACGACUUUCUUUCAUGUCUUGCGUUCAGAGGGAGAUAAAUAAGGAAAAUACGUACCCCUAUGUUCCCGGUGACCUUACCGAGCCCCGUCACAGGCUCCCCAGCCACGAUGACUUAGCCCAAAGUCGCUACGGCUGCCAAAAACCCAAAACUAAAGGCUACCCCAAAUACAGGGACGAUUUUUCGAAACCCCUCCCCGAAAUCGAGAAAACCAUAACCAAAAAUGACCUGGAGGAAGAGUACCGGAACCACAAAGCAAUGGCGGAAGCAACGUACUCAAACGGCGUGAAACACCACCCUC